GCUGGGGCUCUCGCGGCUCUCCAGACCGGUCCAGUGGAGAGGCUGAAGCACUUAUAAGAAGCUCACGGGUUUGCGUCCUGAGGAACAGUAACAUGGAGUCAAAAGCUGAUGUCAGAUCAGUGACCAGUGAACAACUGGCUGCUAUUGAGGAUGAAGAGGUUCUCAACAAGAUGCUGGACAAUGCAACAGACUUUGAGGAGAGAAGAAUGAUGCGUGCCGCAUUAAGGGAGCUGCUCAAGAAAAAGAGAGAUAAACGGGAGCAGGACCGAGGGUCGAGGCAGCAGGACCUGAGGCAGCAGGGCCUGGGCGGAGGAGGGAAGACGGGCGGGGCCGUUAGUGUAGGCAGAGCAUCCAUGAACCAGCAGCCACCGGCAAACAGGUCGGCCGGUCAGAUCUCUCCAUCGACGGGCAGCGCGGCCGGCCCCGCCGUAGCCUCGGCUCAGAAAUGUCCUCCUGCUGCAGCACCCAACGUUAAAAAUGUCAAACAGAUGCUUCUGGACUGGUGCAGGGCCAAAACAGAGCCAUAUGAGGGGGUGAACAUCCAUAACUUCUCCUCGAGCUGGAAAGACGGCAUCGCCUUCUGCGCCUUGGUGCACCGCUUCUUCCCCGACGCCUUUGAGUACUCCACCCUCAACCCAAACAAGCCCAGGGACAACUUCCAGCUGGCUUUCAACACUGCCGAGAGGCUCGCCGGCUGCCCCCCUCUGCUGGACCCGGAUGACUUAGUCCGGAUGAAGGAGCCCGACUGGAAGUGCGUGUACACGUACAUCCAGGAGUUCUACCGCUGUCUGGUGGAGAAAGGCCUGGUCAAAACCAAAAAGCGCCCGUAGAGGGGGGGAAAGGUCUCGUGGGUUGACACUGAUUUUUCAAUUUUUAACAAUGAAUACACGUCAACGCAUGAGCUGAUUUUAAGAGAUACGCUUGUGCACCUUUUUCAACUAAACAUUUCGAUUUUGUCUCUGAUCUUUUACUUGAUAUCUGGCUGAGGAAUGUGGAGCUUUUGUAUUGGUUUGUGUAUUAGCAGGGACUUGUGGAUAUUAGUUCUCUCAGUGGACAGCUGGCUCUAGAGCAUUCCUUUGAGAUUACACAUUAAUGCAUUACUGCAUUAAUCCACAUCAGAGCCAUAGAAAAUCUGGGGACAAAAUGUUAUCAUGACGCUGUUGAGACCCUGAGCAUAAGUGUAUCGUGUGACAAAUUUGAAUAAAUAGCAAUUCCAUUAUACAUGCUGUUGUUGUGUACAUGACUGAUGAUCAUAUACUAAAUGGUACCAGCUAAUAAAGUGAUUUAUUUUC